UAGUGUGUGUUUCUCCUUGAGAUGAAAUGGGAAUCUGAAAGAAACAUUUUUAAUUGCUUCUCUGUCGAAAUCUCCACCGGAAACAGCUCACUUCGAUCCAUUUCCCUCUCUCUCCUUAAAUCAGGUUCCAACCUUAAAAAGUGGGGCCAUAUGAAACUAUGGACCAUCCUGCAGGAUUGUGUUUUUGACAAAGAAUUUCGAGGAUCCCCUCUUGUAUAUCAGGGUUAUGCUGCUAGUGAUGCCAUUCCAAGCCCACAAAAGAACGUAGAGAAAGAUUUCUUGAAGAAAUAUUGGGCAAGAUGGAAAACAGAUCACACCGAUCGUGGUUAGGCGAUUUUACUUGUAAAGUGAUCGAGUUCUUUCAACAGUUGGUUUCUCCUGACUUCAGCAAACCUUAGCGAAGCUGUGUGGGGUUCACUUCAGAAGAAUAAUUCCCAACUAAUGAUCUAUUCUUGUGAGGUAUUUUUCUCUGGAUCGGACACUUCAAAACUCAUAAAGACCUGGUACCUUUUUGUUGUUAUAAGUUCCUAAUUAGUUUGUUUCUGUAUAUGUGUCGGAACUAUUCGGAUGUGGAGUGGGAGUCCCUG